GUUCACACCUUCGCACAGUGAGACCAUACUAGCUGUGGUUUCUGUUUCUUUGAAAACCAUGAAGAUGCGGAAGGUUCAAAACCUGCUGUUCAUCCUCUGCAUUAUUCUGAGUUGUGUGACAAGUGCAGUAGCGGAGAUCCAUGCUUCUGGACAUGAAGGGGGACAAGUUAAAGUUUCUUGUCCCUAUGGAGAGGGUUACGAGUCUUAUGAGAAGUACCUGUGCAAGAAUGUCUGUGGCAACGAUGAUGUUCUUAUUAAGACGACGGAAGCAAAUAAGAACAAAUACUCCAUCCAUGAUGACAAACAGAAACGAGUCUUCACAGCGACCAUCUCUGAUCUGAGUCGUACGGAUGCUGGGAAAUACUGGUGUGGGGUGACCAGGAAUGGAAAGGAUAUCUACACUGAAGUAAAGCUGGAAGUAGGCCAAGAUAGCUGUUGUGACGGAUCCACCAAAGUCCAAAGUCAUGAGGAGAGUUCGGUGUCCAUCAGUUGUCAGUAUGAGUCUAAGCACCAGAACGAUCUGAAGUACAUCUGCAGAGGAAACCAGCUCUCCACAUGUCUGGAGAAGGCGCUAAUCACCUCUGACAACACACAAAACGGACAGUUCAGACUCACAGAUGAAAAGAUGUUAAGGAAAUUCACGGUGACCAUUACCAGUUUGACCCAAAAUAAUUCUGGGCCGUAUCUUUGUGGUGUCCAUGGAAACACUGGCCUGGAUGUUUUCUCUGCUUUUGAGCUGGAAGUCAAAGAGUGGUGCUGUGUCAAGUCAAACAAACAGAGCGGCAUUGUGGGACGCCCGGUAACUCUGCAGUGUCCCUAUCCAUCACAACACAGGCAUAACAGGAAGUUCCUGUGUAAGGGAGACCACCGCAACAACUGCACAGACAUGGUGACCAGUCAAAGCAGGUUCAAGCUUCAAGAUGAUGAUUCUUCCGGCUCUUUCUUGGUGACGAUCAGAGAGAUGAAAGCAGGGGAUGCUGGGACGUACUGGUGUGGUUCAGACUCACAAUGGAGUACUGGAAACUACACCAAGAUUCAACUGUCAGUAGAGUGGUGCUGUGUGAAGUCAAACAAACUGAGUGGCAUUGUGGGACGCCCGGUAACUCUGCAGUGUCCCUAUCCACCACAACACAGCCAUAACAGGAAGUUCCUGUGUAAAGGAGACCACCGCCACAACUGCACAGACAUGGUGAUGAGUCAAAGCAGCAAGCUGCAAGAUGAUGUUUCUUCCGGCUCUUUCUUGGUGACAAUCAGAGAGCUGGAAGCAGGGGAUGCUGGGACGUACUGGUGUGGUUCAGACUCACAGUGGAGUGUUGGAAACUACACUAAGAUUCAACUGUCUGUAGUCUUUCCACAGCAGACCAGCACUGCGAUCUCUACCAUCACUGUGGUGGAACCUGUCAGAACACAAUCAACACCAAUCACUGGAAAACAGAUUGAAGAUGCAGCACCCUUUCAUCCUGUGGUUUUCAUUGUGCCCGCUGUGCUGCUCAUACUGACAUUUGCCCUGGUCAUGGUUUUUAAAUACAAAUGUUAUAAAGUGCGAGGAGCCGGAGCCAACGUGAACAGAAACAAAACCAAGGCAGCCAAAACAGAGGAAGUGGAAAGUGUAGCAGAUAUUUAUGAAAAUCAAGACGUAGCGCGCUCAAUGCAGGGGUCCUCCAAACCACAGAGCGCCUGUCAACACUACGAUGAUGCAGGUGAAACCCAACAAGAGCCUGUCUACCAAAACUACACCACAACAGAUGAUAUCUACUGUAAUCAAGUUACUAUUAAAGCCAAUAGGAAAUGAACAGCAUGCACAUCUGUGAUCAAACCUUGCAUUUUUGGGUCACAUCUGUACCCAAAUGAUCCGGUUUGUAUUGUCUCAAUUAACAGCUGACCAACACAUAUUUACAUACUGCUGUUGUCCAGUCAUUGUCUGACUGAAAACUAUCCAUUGCUUAAUUAAUUGUUUUAACUUUGAUUUUACACUCUUCCUUCUGCUUUUACACCCGUUAUGAUUGCUAAUUGUUAAUAACAUAUUGUGGAUAACCAUUUCAGCUAAAUACCAUCACCUAUAAUAAUUUGGAAGGCAAGUCCCCACAAUAUGACUCACACACACACAGCCGUGUACUUCUAUCUUUGUGAGGACACUCGUUGACAUGUAAUGCAUUCCCUAGCCCCUUACCCUAACCUUAACCUAAUUCUAACUUGAACCUUAAAACCAAGUCUGAACCCUCAAACAGGACUUUGAAGGUCUGUCCAAAGGUGAAGACCGGCCAAAAUGUCCUCACUUUCCAAAAAUGUCCUGACUCUGAAGGUCUAAACCUCAAAUUGGUCCUCGAAAAGAUAGCUGUACAAGCACACACACACACACACACACACAUUCUCUCUCUCUCAUACCGACUCCCUGGUCCUGCAUGGUGGUGGAGCUCUAAUGUUUUCUUGGCCUCUCUGUUCAUCCUGACACACACAAUGACAUGCACACAAUUCACUGGAUUAUUAUUCAGUUUUUGUAAGUUGUUGCAUUAAACUCAAGAUUUUUUUUUUUUAACCGCAUGUGGUUUGAAUAAACAGGAUUUGACAAUCA